AUGGGCCUGCGUUUACCAGGUGACCUUGGAUGCGGAGGACCAGUGAUACUCCGUGAAUCGUGCCUGAAAGAUGUUGCUGUUCAACCAACUUUCGGAUUGCUGAGUUCUCUGUUGUUCGGAGACGUGGUCAAGGCUCAUCACAAAGCCGAGAAAUACGUGGCAGCCAUUUGUGCAGCUCCGAUAGCGUUAAAGUCACAUGGGAUUCCGGCCGCGUUGGUGACGAGUCAUCCAUCUGUACGUUCACAGCUGGAAGAAGGAGGCUACAAGUAUAGCGAGGAUCGAGUAGUAGUUUCGGAUCGUGUGGUGACAAGUCGUGGCCCUGGCACAGCUUUCGAGUUCGGGUUGAAACUUGUGGAGUUGCUAGCGGGAGCUGAAAAGUCCAAGAGCCUGGUGGCUCCAAUGCUAGUCAAGUUGUAA